AAAAGUUUUAAUGUCGAACUGAACGGUUUCCACGACUAUAUACUGAAUCUGUAUUUCUCCUCUUUCUCCGCCCUAUAAUUUGCAAUUAUUUAUUGUAUACAAUGAAUGCGGAGUACGCUUAUACGAGGAAAAGAAUGCAUUUCGGGAAAAGAUACAAUUUUUCCGACUUUGAUAAGACCGAGGUGGAGAUCAAGUCAAACCCGACGUUGAUGAACAAUUACAUCAGAAUGGAUCCCGUGACGCAUGCUACGCAAUUCGGUAAAGUUUACGCGGUUCACGAGGUAAAUACAACUACCGCGACAUACAAGGACAACAAGAUGUUUCAUUACGAGGGCGGCUGGCCGAAGGACAUAAACAUGAAGGAUUUGGAACAGACGGUCAGAUAUAGACGCAAGAUCGAGAAGGACGAGUUAUACAUCCACACGAUGCUGCAAUUGCUACCUUCGAUGGAGCACUGCAUUUUGCAAAACAACGCUUGCAACAUCUAUGAACACUAUUAUGCCGACGUGGAGGCGAAUCCAUUGAUACAGAGAGCCUUUUCACGCACAGUGAACGUUUACCGUGAUCCUUUGCCGACGAAACGGCAAAUUGCUCAUCUGUCGUGGUCGCCGGAUCAAGGUAAUCGCUUCGCUGCCAGUUACUGCAACGACGAUUUCAAGAAGAGCUCCAGCAGCAAUUACGCGUCGUACAUCUGGGAAGUAGAGAACCCAAACAACCCCUAUAUGAUGCUAAAACCAUUCUGUCCGAUUCUAACAUUGGAGUACAACCCCAAGGACAGUCAUAUUCUGAUAAGUGGUCUGGCGACCGGACAAGUAGCCUGCUGGGACAUCAGGCGAGGAUCGGAAGCGGUGGAUAUCAGUUCGGUCGAGUUCAGUCACCGAGAUCCCUGUGACAACAUUUUAUGGAUCAAUUCCAAGACCGGUACCGAGUUCUUUAGCGCCUCGAAAGAUGGACAGAUAAAGUGGUGGGAUACCAGGAAAAUGCAGAUUCCAACGGAGACGUUAGUGAUAGACUUGCAGAAGCCGGAGGAUCAGAACGUAGACAAAGCCAUCGGCAUCUCGGCUCUUCAAUUCGAACCGUCAAUUGGCACGCGUUUUAUGUGCGGUUUGGAAAACGGUAUCGUGAUAUCGGGCAAUCGCAAGGGUAAAUCACCUGGCGAGAAGAUCGCGACGAGAUUCAAAGCGCAAUAUGGACCGGUUAUAAGCCUGGAGAGAAAUCCGACAUUUGUGAAAAACUUUUUAACUGUCGGCGACUGGACUUCCAGGAUCUGGUCGGAGGAUUGUAGAGAAUCCUGUAUAGCGUGGACACCCGGUCACCGAGAUUUUUUAACCGGCGGUGCCUGGAGUGUCACUCGUUACUCCGUCUAUUAUCUGAUCAAAACCGAUGGCACUUUAGAUGUGUGGGAUUUUCUAAUUCAACAGGACAGUCCGGUUCUCAGCGUAAAGGUAUUACGCUAUCGUGACUUGGGUGGCUGUAAUUUCGAAAUUUCACAUCAACCUAUUUUUAAAGGUCUGUGACGAGAGUUUGACUUGUUUACGACCACACGAGCAAGGGCAAUUGGCUGCUGUCGCAAA